AUGCCUGAAGGCAGAGAAUCACCAUCCCCCCAGCGCCAGACCGGCGCCCAGCUACACGACCCCCCCGGCCACGGCGUACACUCGGAAAACAAAACCUCGGAGCAGGUAGAGGAGGCUUCCAAAUCGGAGUUGGAGAACCUGUCCUCUAAUCCCCGCGGGCCACUCGAAGACGCGGUCGAGCGCAAGUUCUCCAAAGGCCCGGGGAACAAGACGAGUUGA